GAUGCUGGCGUAAAGACCGUUCUUUCGCCAUUGCCAAUUGAACCGUGAAGGAGUGACUCUAAUUACGCACAGACGUUUUUCAGUAAUUUGCUACUUCAACUGUUUAUUUCGCGAAUAAAAUGGCAAAUAAGUCUAAGAAAGCUACCUCUAAGACUAGAUACACGAAUGUAGAAAUGAUUUUGGAAGAGAUUGACCGGGAAAGUGAGACAGAUUUGGCAGAGAUUGAAGACUCCAUUAGCUCCCAUAGUUUCGAUUCUGAAACUGAGGCAUAUUUUUUGAACGGAGAGGACAUCGUUUUGGACUGUGGCACUGACUCCGACUGGGAGCCCCCAGUGCCAAGGUGUCCAUCCCCCUCUGAAGCUGGUUCAUCCAGCUGUACCCCUGCUGUCUCUGGCUCCACACCUCCCGGGCCAUCUAGAGGUGUGAAGAGGAAGAGGGGAAGUGUGCCACCCACUAACAGAGGGACAGAAGGGCGUUGGCACACCAUCCUAGAAGAUGAUGUGGAGCCACCACAACCAACUUUCAGGCCGAAAAGGAAGCCAGGACCUCAGGUGAACCGCUCUACCACAGCAUCGUCGAGGCCUGCAAGACGUACUUUCAGCCUGCCCAGAACGUGUCAAUCGAUGAGAGGAUGGUAGCCUCAAAGGCAAGAAUUGGCCUCAAACAAUACAUGAGAAACAAACCAACCAAGUGGGGUUACAAGCUGUUUGUUUUGGCUGAUUCUGUAUGUGCCUACACAUGCAAUUUCUUUGUCUACGAGGGGAAGAACAGUUUUGCUACCGGUAAGGGACUCAGCUAUGACUCUGUAAUGGAGUUAUUGGAUUUUCAACUGCUAGGGAAGGGCUACAAACUGUUUGUGGAUAACUUCUACACAAGCCCUACCCUGUUUGCAGACCUAAGGAAGCUGGAUGUAUGGGCUUGUGGCACCAUUCGUACCAACAGGGUGGGCUUUCCGAAGACUAAGGUGAACGACAUGCCUAAGCGGGCUGAGCGGGGGAGCAUGCGAUGGAUCCGUGAAGAUGGCCUGCUUUUUGUAAAGUGGAUGGAUACCAGAGAGGUGGUGAUGUGCUCCACUAUCCACAAGUCCUUCAGUGGGGAUCAUGUUGUCAGUGGACUUGAACCCCUGGGACCAUGCUUCAGGACUACCUGACAUGAUGACUCCUUGCUGUCCCCCAGUCCACCUGGCCUUGCCGCUGUUCCAGUUUCAACUGUUCUGCCUGCGGCUAUGGAACCCUAAACUGUACAUUUUUUUCUCUUGGGGUGCUGUACUGUUGCACACUCUACAAACACUGUGAUCUCCACCCGGCACAGCCAGAAGAGGACUGGCCACCCCUCAUUGCCUUGUUUCUUCCUAGGUUUUUGCCUUUCUAGGUUGUUUUUCCUGUUUUUCCUAUUUGAUACAGGACUGAGGAUGUGUAAAAGUGUGUAAAUAGUUACCCAUGUUACUUUGUAAAUGUGUAUAUAUAUAUUUUUUUUCAUAAC